CAUAGCCAAAUGCUGAUGGUUUCCACAAAUAUUUGCAACUAAUGUAUCACCUUUUGUCUCCAAUUUCAGCUUUCCCCGCCGCCGAUUUUCGGGGCGCCAUCCCCGCCACACGUGUCCCUCCUCGCUGACCACCUGUCGUCCUGUCCCGCUCAGGGCUCCUGCCACUCAACUAGCACUUCACCCGGAGGACGCAGGAGCACCAGGUGCAGACGAACGGAAAAAGAAAGGCGAAAUCCUUCCUAGCUAGCUUGGUCGUUGUCAACCAUGCUGCCAGGUCGCCACACUCCCCGCCGUGCUGACGCCGCCGCCGCUGCCGCCGCCAUGGAGCCCCUGGUGCCGGGCGCCACCCGCGCGGCGCUGUCGGAGUUCGUAGCCACCGCCGUGUUCGUCUUCGCCGCCGAAGGCUCCGUCUACGGCCUCUGGAAGAUGUACAGGGACACGGGGACGCUGGGCGGCCUGCUGGUGGUGGCGGUGGCGCACGCGCUGGCGCUGGCGGCCGCGGUGGCGGUGUCGCGCAACGCGUCGGGCGGGCACGUCAACCCGGCCGUCACGUUCGGCGUGCUCGUCGGCCGCCGCAUCUCCUUCGCCCGCGCCGCGCUCUACUGGGCCGCCCAGCUGCUCGGCGCCGUGCUCGCCGUGCUUCUCCUCAGGCUGGCCUCCGGAGGCAUGCGCCCCAUGGGCUUCACGCUCGGCCACCGCAUCCACGAGCGGCACGCCCUGCUGCUCGAGGUCGUCAUGACGUUCGGGCUCGUGUACACCGUGUACGCCACCGCCGUCGACCGGAGAAGCGGCGGCGGCGACAUUGCGCCCCUCGCCAUCGGCUUGGUCGCGGGCGCGAACAUCCUCGCCGGGGGCCCGUUCGACGGCGCGGCCAUGAACCCGGCGCGCGCGUUCGGCCCGGCGCUCGUCGGCUGGAACUGGCGCCACCACUGGGUUUACUGGCUCGGGCCGCUCAUCGGCGCCGGGAUGGCCGGCGCGCUGUACGAGUUUGUCAUGGCGGAGCAGCCUGAGCCGCCGGCAGCUGCAGAUACUCGGCUUCCCGUGGCCGCCGAGGAUUACUGAUGUAUCGAGCUGAAUCAUAGCACCUGCAUAUUUGCUCUAGUGUACCAUAAGCCACAAAUUGCACAUGGUGAUAUCAUGGCUGGAAAAUUACGGAAUAAUUAGCAGAUUUCCAUGUUCCUAAAUAAA